GGGGGGGCGGGGAGGCUGUGUUUGGGUUUCUAGUUUCGGGGUCAGCAGGCCGGGCACCGGCCGGUUUACUGGGCGCCGUUUGCGGGCCGGAUGAGCACUGCAGGGACGUGUGGCAGUGGGUUAAAGGAAUCCAGCUCUUUCGUCUUCUGCUGAGGAACACUGCAAGCUGUGAAGGUCACGGAUGUGUGGAGAGACAGUAGACUGAAACAACGAAGGAUGCAGCCUGUGUUGUACUCGUACUUCAGGAGUUCCUGCUCAUGGAGGGUGCGAAUUGCUCUUGCUUUCAAAGGAAUCGAAUACGAGCAGGUGGCUGUGAACCUGAUCAAAGAUGGAGGGCAGCAGCACAGUAAUUCGUUCAAGGCUCUUAAUCCCAUGAAGCAGGUCCCAACGCUCUCCAUCGAUGGGAUCGUCCUCUCCCAGUCGAUGGCUAUAAUUCAUUACCUGGAAGAGACCAGGCCCAGUCCUCGGCUGCUGCCCACUGAUCCCAAGAAACGUGCCCAGGUCCGGAUGAUCUCCGACCACAUCACCUCUGGGAUCCAGCCCCUGCAGAAUCUCUUGGUGCUGCAGAGGCUAGGGGAAGAGCAGAGGCUAGAAUGGGCUCAACACUUCAUCACCAACGGGCUUCAGGCUCUCGAAAGUCUCCUGCAACAGAUGUCUGGACGAUACUGUGUCGGUGACGAGGUGACAAUGGCAGACCUCUGCCUGGUCCCACAGGUGUACAACGCUAUUAGGUUUAAGGUGGAUCUGGCUCCAUUUCCCUCCAUCACAAAGAUCAACAACUCCCUCCUGGAAUUAGAGCCCUUCAAAGUCAGUCACCCAUCUUGCCAACCUGACUCCCCUCCGGAAGCCUGAUCCCAGCAGCAAGGUGCGGGGCUUCGCCUCAGCUGAAGAUGACACGGUUUUUGGUCACACUUUGAACAAAAUUUGUCUACUGCCACUGUAAAUAAAGAACUGCAAAUUAGACCAAUCAGUGAGCUGUCAAUUCUCUCCCAUCAUUUACUUGUUUUUUUAAAUUAAAACAAUAAAUUGAAAAGAUUGAAAUUA